UUUUUUUUUUUUUGAUUUGCAAUGCUGACGUCAAAACGUCUUAAACAACUAACUUUUUCAAUGUUCUAUUGCCUAAGUGGAUUUUUCCACGGGUCUUUAUCGACUAGUAAACAAUAAAUGGCAGUUUUUUAACAUAUCUAACAGAAGAUAUCGGCAAUGGCCUCCUGUGUCUUUCUUCCAUAGCUCAGCACUACGUAUAAUCCCUCAGCUGGAGAAAUCAACGUUGUUAUUCUGUUAUUGUGAGAGUGCAAAGGUUACCGUAACAGCUUUUGUUUAUACUUAUUAUAUCAUAUUAUUUUACAUCGUAAUAGUGACCAGCUUCAAGACGGCGAAUAGAUUCGGACCACCAUUCUUUUCUCAAGCCUCAUACUUUGGCAAGAGUGGGAAAGCUGGGGGCAAUAAAAUGGGAGAAUCAAAUAUUAUCUUGUUUUCACUCAAAGGAACCGACCUUCUUCUUGCGAAGAAUAUAUCAAAAAGAUUGAGCAUAUCACUUGGAACAAUGGAAUGCAGGUUAUUUGCAAACAAAGAAACAAAGCUUACUAUUGAAACAUCGGUGCGAAACAGAGAUGUUUACGUGUUGCAAGUUAUGGAUAACAAUCCAAACGAUUGUAUCAUGGAACUCUUAAUGAUGUGUUAUGCUUUGAAAACUGCAUGUUGUAGAAAAGUUAUUGUUAUGGUUCCGUAUUUACCAUAUUCUAAGCAAAGUAAGAUGAGAAAUCGUGGUGCGAUACCUGCCAAACUACUCGCAAAAUUACUAUGUAGAGCAGGCAUGGAUCACAUGCUGACUAUGGAUCUUCACUCUAAAGAAGUUCAAGGAUUCUACGACUGUCCAGUAGACAAUCUUCGUGCAUCUCCUUUUUUGAUCCAAUACAUUCAAGAAAGAAUACCAGACUAUUUCGAAGCUGUUAUUGUAGCUAGGCACCCAGGCGCAGCUGCAAGGGCAAAUUCCUUUGCUGAGCGUCUUCAGCUAAACAUUGCUGUUCUUCACGGAGAGCAAGCGCUAGAAGAGUCUGACCAAUGCGAUGGAAGAAACUCCCCACCUGCUGCAAGGAGAGCUCGGAGUCGCGCGAUAUCUGAAAUGUCUGACAGGGAUUGCAGUGAAAUUACAGUACCUCUAGAACUCUAUCAACGCCAGUUCUCGAAUAAUGGAGUGUACUCCUUGCAGUAUUCGUAUCUCGGUAUGCCGACGAAAGUUAAAAAGCCGUUAACAAUUGUGGGCGAUGUGAAAGGAAAGAUUGCAAUAAUCGUGGAAGAUAUAGUGGACGACGCAGCCGUCCUGUGCGACGCAGCGAAAAUAUUAAAGAUGGAAGGUGCCAACAAAAUUUAUGUUGUGGCUACCCAUGGCUUGUUUUCUGGUGAUGCGCCACGGGUUUUAAUGGAAUCACCCAUUGACGAAGUGAUUGUAACUAACACGGUUCCUCUUGAAAACAAGCUUCCCAGCUGUCCAAAGAUACGUUCAGUGGAUAUUAGUCCAGUAUUGUCAGAAGCCGUGCGACGUAUUCAUAAUGGCGAAUCAAUGUCCUACUUAUUCCGAAAUAUACCUUUGGAAGAUUAGAUAUGGCGGGAUGCAGUAUGGUGGAGAAAAACAAAAAUUAAUGACGCAAAAGUUGAUGAUAGUUUUAUUAAAUUCUGUGCCGUUUGCGUCAUGUUUUUAUUUGAAAUUGAGGCAUUCUAGUGUUCCGCGUGCAAAUAUAUUUUGUCUUAUUUUUUUAGUUGGGGCGCUUGUGUAGGUAUUAUCAAGUUAUCUCACAAUCCCAAUUAAGUUUUAUUUUGUAAAAAUGAAAACAAACCCAAUUUCAAUUGGUUUAAUAUCUUCUUCAUUAUGAUGGAGAGUAAAUUAUGCACUGACAAGAUGUUCUUCUCCACGGGGAGUUUUUUAAUCCCAAGAUGGCGUCGACGACUGUGUCGUGUACUGUAUUGUACACCCCUAGUCAACCUAUAUUCUACGUCCUUGCAUACUUUCCAUAAACUCAGCAUUUUCUUGAAUAAAAUGUUUUAUAUUUUAGUUCAGAUUUGUGUAUCAAGAAGUCGUGAAGAAACUGUUUAUUACGACAGAAUCGAAUGACAUCUGACGAGUUUAAUUUCCCACCCACGCUGUCAUAGUCUUUCAAGAGCACGUCAAGUCUUGUCAAAUCUUUAUAAACAUACAAGCAAACAUGCUAUGAGCAAACAAUCUUAAUGAAGGGCAGUGUGACCGUGCAGUUGUCUCACUGAGAAAAUGAGGCCAAUACUAUUAAACUAAUUAAUUCACGCGUUCACCCGUUAUCACCCCCCCCCCCCCCCCCCCCUACUUCGCUAUUGCGGUGCCAGACAAAUAAAACACGGGUAUUAUUACCAGUAGGCUAGGAUCUUUACCAAAUCGUGAAAUUUGUUAUUUUGCCAUAACGUUACGUUAAUUUGCUAUAAAAGUUUAAAUGAAAAAUUAACAAUCAACUAAAUUCUUGGAAAAGCACAAGGAUAAUGUGAAACAAAAAGGAAAAGAAACGAGAUGUAAAAAUGUUUUUUAUGGUUUCCUGAUGUUAAACAAUGUAUUUGCGUACUUAAGAUAAAAAGAGAAUGAAUGUUUCUUGCA